CGGCGAGCCAAGAUAUCGGCCAAUAGCAGCCCGGAGCCAGGCCUUCUUUUUUUCUCCCUGCCAUCGGUCCGACGUGAGAUAAUUUUCGCCUCCUGAGGAGCGGUGUAUUUUUUAGCGUAAAAUAAACUAAAGUCAUGGCAGCCCAGUGGAUACGCAGAGUUAUAUCUCCAAAGAUUGGCAGGACCAGAUUCUACAGCAGCGAUGUCAAGAAGUGUACCCUCAUUCCUGGCGACGGCAUCGGACCCGAAAUUUCCGCCGCCGUGCAGAAGAUCUUCGACGCCGCCAAGGUUCCCAUCGAAUGGGAGUCCGUUGACGUGACGCCUGUUCGAGGACCCGACGGCCUGUUCGGCAUCCCGCAAGCUGCCAUUGAUUCGAUAAAUAGAAAUCAAAUUGGACUUAAAGGACCACUUAUGACUCCCGUCGGAAAGGGUCACCGUUCUCUCAAUCUCGCCCUCAGGAAGGAAUUCAAUCUUUACGCUAAUGUACGGCCCUGUCGUUCGUUAGAGGGUUACAAGACUCUGUACGACGACGUGAAUGUAGUAACCAUCAGAGAAAACACCGAGGGAGAGUAUUCUGGUAUUGAGCACGAAAUAGUAGAUGGUGUCGUUCAAUCCAUCAAACUCAUCACCGAGGAAGCAUCCCGCAGAGUAGCAGAAUUCGCCUUCCAAUACGCUCAAGAUAACAACAGAAAAAAGGUGACAGCGGUGCACAAAGCAAACAUUAUGCGAAUGUCCGACGGUUUGUUCCUAAAGUGCUGCAGGGAGGCGGCAAGCAAAUUUCCUUCUGUUAAAUUUGAAGAAAAAUAUCUGGACACUGUGUGUCUGACCAUGGUACAAGACCCACAACAAUACGACGUUCUUGUAAUGCCAAACUUAUACGGUGACAUUCUCUCCGAUAUGUGCGCCGGUCUUGUCGGAGGUCUUGGACUGACGCCCAGUGGAAACAUUGGCCUGAACGGUGCUCUGUUCGAAUCGGUGCAUGGUACAGCACCUGACAUAGCUGGACAAGACAAAGCAAAUCCAACAGCACUCCUCUUGUCUGCUGUUAUGAUGUUAAAACACAUGGGUCUGAAUGACCAUGCGAGAAUAAUCGAACACGCGGCGUACGACACAAUAAAAGAGGCUAAAUACCUAACCGGCGAUCUCGGUGGCACCGCCAAGUGCAGCGAGUACACAGAUGCAAUCUGCAAAAGAGUUAUCGCUGCAAAAUAAACGGAGUCUUAGCCUAAUCCAAAGUGUACUACUGAAUUCUCGUAGAACCGGUAAAGAUGAGACGACGGUAGUUUGAAAGGCUGCAGUGGUGUUUCUUUUAUUUUCUAAUCUUUAGAUUCUGCACCACCCAAAUGUAUAUUGGAUCGUGAAUAGUGAAACUUGUAACGUCAGAUGUACAAUUUUAACAGGUUGAUCCGAGUGUGUUAUUUACAAUCAGUCUCUAACAGCGUGUGUUUCUGACUGAGAUAUUUUAAUGCCUAGGAAAUCUGCCUCAUACGCCGAUUGCCCAGACAGGUCUGGCCCGGUGAUAUAUAAUCCAAUUAUCGACAGGAAAAUCAAUUCAAGGCGCAUUUAAGCUUAUAUUGCCAAAAACUGUACGCGUAGACUCUAAUCGAAAUUAUCUUCCGCGGUAAAAAUCGGAUAAACGGUUCAGAGUUUUUCUUACAUCUCUAAGUUUUAGAAAAUUGUUCAUAGUCGGAGGCGUUUUAAGUCAUAGUAAUUUCUGUAUAAAGUAGCGAGUCGUGUAAUAUAAGAAUGUCGUUUACAUUAAAUAAUGUUAUGUAAUAAAGUAACCGUCGUGUGUCAACAGACAAGCUCUAAUAAGCUAUAUUGUGCAGUAUUAUAAAUAAACGUUCUACAGACAGGACCGUAA